AACAACGUGGGAUUUAUUUGUUUAGUUUUGUUCUAUAAACAAAAUAAAAAUAUGCCUUCGGAAAAUAGUUUGGAUGUAUUAAAAAGACAGUUCCUUUGCUGCUACCCACUUAACUUAAUAGAUUGGAAACCGCUGUCCAAUCUCACCUGGGAAGACCAAAAACUACUCAUCGACUGCACGCACAACAAUGAACUCAACCAGAAGUAUCCAAUUAGCUCCAGUUACCAACUGAAGUUUUUCAAGAAACUCAUAAACCACUUAGAACAGUCAGGUGUUGAAAUUCAUGACGAGAUCUAUGAAGCAUUUUGUAACCUUAAUUCUCAAACAACAAAUGACGAAAAAUUCUCCUACAAACACUAUUCGCUAACCUACCACGAUUCUGUGGUAACCUUAAAAGAAUCGAAAAGCUUCGUUGCUGAUGGAACAACAGGUCUUUGUAGCUGGCAAGCUUCUCUGGCCUUAAGCGAUUGGUUACUCCAUAAUACCGAAUUAGUUCGAGGAAAGUCAGUCAUUGAAUUGGGUUCUGGGACUGGUUUAUGUGGAUUCAUUGUAUCGAAGUGUUGCGAUGCAAAACAUGUCAUCUUAACUGAUGGAAGCCCAAAAGUUAUCGAUAUCCUAAAUACUAAUCGAAGUUUAAACUUCCUCCCUAACACGAAGGACAUUUUGUCAGAUGAUUCUAAGAAAUGCUCAAUUUUAUAUUUGCCUUGGGAAGAAUGUGAACUUGUUGGAACGAAGAAGUUCGAUGUCGUCCUUGCUGCCGAUGUUGUUUACGAUUCUUCUGAAUUUGAUAGUCUAUUAGGUAUAAUUGAGCAUCUCUUUAGACUAAUGGAGAACAAAGUUCAAAUGAUAUUAGCAGCUACAGUUCGAAAUGAAUCCACGUUAAGAACAUUCUUGGAUUUACUAGAUUCAAAAGAGUUCAUCAUUGAGAUGCAGGAAGCCAUUUUAGAAAAACGGAGUUAUCUAUUUUGGGACAGAUCAACGCCCGUACAAAUACUUAAAGUUACGAAAAAUAUAAACUUGACCUAAAAGUACCUAAUAUUUAAAAAUAGUGUUUCUUUAAAAAUUAUGAAAAAACUCAUUUUAAAAAUUUCCGACUUUAAUUUAGUCGAUUAAAGCUUAAACUGGACUGAAGAUACACGUCUCGUUUUUUAGCGAAUAUUUAAUAUUAAGUACAUACAGUGAGUGUCAUUAAUAUUCGGUUUUUAUUCUUAAACAUACUUUUGUUGGUGUUUUCGUAGUAAAAGUUGCAUUUAGGUUUAUUAUUUGGUUAUUCUAUAAAUUAAUAUAUUAUUCCCUAAAUAUUUCAUUAAAAAUGUGUGCAAUCACUUAACUGCUUUAAGAUAUACGAUAAACUACGCAAAAAGAACACAUGUAAGCGCUUCAUUAAUAUUCGUUUUUUUUUUUUUUUUUUUGCUGAGUUUGACAUUUGCUCCGAUUAACAGUUUGUCUAUUCAAGAGUACCGUUAAAAUAAAAUGUUGACUAGACGUUUGCAUACAUUUUUAAAAUGAUUUAGUGUUA